AUGAGUGAUUCUUCUGUGGAUACCAAGAGGCAGCCGAACAAGAGAAAGCUGAUCAGAAGGGCAGCAUCCAGCCCAGUCUCCUCGGGUCCUCUGAGUUCCCAGAGUCUAGGCGCCAGAAGCCAGGGAUGGGACCCAGGAGGCACUAAGGUCCUGGUGCCCCCAGUGCCCCCUGCCCAGCCACACCCUCCUCGCUCAGAGCUGAGGCACCCACCAGCCUCCCAUUCCCAGAUCAGAGAUAGCCCUGAUGAGUGUGUGGCAAUCACCACCAGGGAGCUGAGUCAAGGAGAACCUGGAGGUACCACUUGGCCAACCAGUAACCCCGCAUCUCUUACGACUAUGAUCAAUGUGGGUAUGUCCACAAGAAGCCCAGAAACGGCUACAGCCUUCAAAAUCAUAAGCCCCAAGGAGCCCAGCACCAGCCCAGAGAUGAAGUACACUCUGGGAAAUUCUUGGAAUACUUCAACAGCAACUGUCCCUAUGAAGACCACAGUGGAACCAGUCACACUUCAGUCCACAGCCAUAGAGAGUGGCAGCAUCAGCCUCCCUCACCUGCUCACAGGAUUCAUUACACCAGCCAAGUCACCAGCAAAAGGGACAGCAACUACAGAACGGGUCUCACUCUCCCCAUCUGAGGUUUGGACCAACCCCCAUCUCGGGACUCCAGAAGGGACCAAAAAGUCAUUGGGCACAGUGUCCUCCGUCUCCCGAGAGUCAAAUCCUAAAGGCAACAUAGGGACUGGUCCACAAAGAAGCCCAACUCUGAUUCCAAGGACAACUGGAAUGAAUUUAUCCAUGUGGCUUGGCUCCACUGGAGGGACCACCGUGGACACACAUGUCUCUCUGAACACAUCUUCCACUGGUCCUGAAGACUCUGUGGCCAUCCCGGACUCUGUGACAACCCAGAUGAUAACCAUGAGCUCAGUGACAGAUAAAUCUGAAUUUAUAACCAAGACAAGGGUCAACAUCACAGUCAUUCCUUCCACUGUUCUGAGUAAAGAUACAAUGACAGAUGAACAACAGGCAAGUAUAUCUGUGAGUGAGGCUUAUUCAUCUGCUAGCCCACGGUCAGAGCAGACAACUGGGAGUAACCUGAUUCUUGGUAAAUCCCCUGAGGCCAAAGACACAUUGCAUAACACCUCCGUAGAACAAACCACAUUAGCAUCUCUGACCUCUGAAAGCCAAGACAUUACCAGCAUCACCAAUGCCACAGGAGGAAAAAUGAGCUCUUCACCAUCUGUCACAUUCCCCUCCUUGGGGUCUAAGACACUGGCGACCAUCACAAGUGUAGUAACUAGUGAUGUUGCCUCUACUCUUGGGCAACUAUCACAGACCUCAUAUCCUGCAGGAGUGAGCAACAUGGAGGUAACCAUAGCUCCCACUCCACUUGUCACCACCACCAUCACCACUAUGGAAACCAAUUCAGUCCUGACUACCAUGCCCGACCCAAAAGGAAGUGUGAGCACCAUGGACAGCACCCUGGCUACAGAGACCAGCACAUCUGCCCUACAGCACCCGCCCACCUGGUCAUCCACAGCUGCAACAUCAGGCCCCAGGACUAUCACAGACAUGGCUUCAAUCUUGGAAGUCACAGGUUCUCCUAAAGCAAAUUCUGCAAUGAGCACAACUUCAUCCAUAGCGUCAAGCACUGAAUCAGGCUCUGUGUCUACCCCCCAUGGCCUUGUGACUGUCAUUGGAACCAGCCUAGCCAUCCCAUCCUCCUUUGCUUCAGCUGAAAAGACAGAGGCCAGCACAAGUGUAAGGACAUUGAGUCCUUUAGACACAACUGCAUCUAUGCCCAUCUCAACUUCUGGUGUUGAGAGGAUGAGCACCUCAGUUCCUGACAUUUUAAGCACAAGUUGGACUCCCAGUAGAAGAGAAACAGAAGCUUUGCAUGUUUCAAUGGCUUCUAUGGACCAUCCAAAUACAAAGACUAUCCCAAAGAGCCUCCCAACCACUCCUCUGCCUGAUUCUCUGUCCACUCUUGACUGGGCCACUGGGAGUUCUGUGUCAUCAGCCAUAACCUCUACCUCAGUUCUUCAAGAGGUUACAACUCCUUCAGAACUCCCUUUGGAGAACAUGAUCAGCCCAACUACCUCACAGCUGCCCUCCUCCAUAGAGGACAUUACAAGUGAGGUCACACCUGUUACAAUGGUAAAUAGCUCUAAAGUCACUUUAUCAGGGAGGCCAGAUCUUGCCAGCAAAGAAGUAGAGCAGAGUUCUACCCAGCUUCACAUCACAGCUUCUGCAGAUCCAGGGUAUAUGUCUAGACAAGAAGCAACGACUCUGGAUUUAAUCCCAUACACAGUAAGAACUCCAUAUCCAACUCCCUGGGUGAAUGGGGUAAGGACUCCUACAACAGAGGCAAGAGCUACACCUCAUUCUUGGAUGGGGGAAAAAGAAUCAAGCUCAAGCACACCUCUGAACACAGAGGUGAUAAAUGUCUCUUCUGUCUCAGGAGGGACCAUCAAGGAGGUUACUGACUCCCCAGGCCUAUUAAAGACCACAGAUCUACUGGGCAUAAGCUUGGAAUCUGGGACAACUUCAUCUCCAAAUUGGAAAAAUGGCACAUAUGAGAGAAUAGCCACUUCUGAACCUACCACAGACAAAGAGACAAUUCACCCAUCUACAAACACAAUAGAUACAACAGUAUGGCCCUCAAACUCUGAACAUGAUCUUCAUUCCACUGUCCCAGCCCACUCAGAGUCAUCCAUGGGCACAUAUCCAAUGAAUACUACCUCCAUCAUGCUGAAUACCAUUGUUUCCACAACAACAACUACCUGGCCAGAAUCCACAAGGGCUGGAAGAGAGCUUGAUUACGCCCUGACCACUGAACUGAGGGAGUCCAGUAUUUACAUGGAUACCAACUCAACCGCAGAGAUAAGCAGUGUCCGUUCCCUAAGUUCUUUUGCUAACACUCGGGUGUCCGGGACAGAAGUCACUACCUCUGACAGAAUUUCCAGCCCAGAUCUAGCUCAGUCCACAAGGUCAUCAGACAUCACCAGGCCCUCUACCUUCCCUGACAUAAUAGACUCUGAAAGAAUGACCAUCACCAUGCAAACAGGUCCUUCUGGGACUACAUCGCUGGGUGCACCUACCAUGGACACAUUAGUCACAGCCUCCUUGUCAGGGACUUACUUGGCUGUGACUCAGGGAUUUCCACAGUCAAAGAUAACCACUCAAAUGAGCAAAGGUCCUGAAGGUGUGUCAUGGACAAACCCUCCCUCUGUGGGAGAAGCCACCUCUUCCUCUUCCCUAGCACCUAUCUCUGACAAAACCUCAUCUUCUCAUGUUUUGUUGACAUCACAAGGGCAAAGUACCUCCUCUACUCUACCUGUGACCUCAGGUCUCUUGCCUAAGAACUUCGGCUUGGGGAAGACCAGAGACAUGUUGAGGACAAGUUUGGAAACUGAUACCAGUUUACCCCCAAAUUUGAGGAGUAGCUCAGAUGAGAUGUUUGUCACCACAGAUAUAGAAGCAAUUCAUCCUUCCACAAACACAGCAAUGACACAUGUAGAGACUACCAGUUAUGGACAUGAAUCACAUUCUCCUGUCCUGGCCCACACACAGCCAUCCAAAGCUACAUCUUCAGUGGUUACCUCCUCUACCAUGUGGGACAUUACUGCUCCCACAUCAAUGUCUGACUCAUCAGAGACUAUAAAGAUUGAGAGAGAGUCAGAGUCUUCUCUGAAUACAGGACUUAGGGAGACAAGUACCUACCAGGAGACCAGCUAUGCUACAGAGACAAGCACUGUCAUUUCCAAUGUGUCCACAAACGAUGCUACUACUGAGGCCACCAGGACACAAAGAAAGCAGAACCAGCCCCUCGAUAUCCAUGUUCAUGACAGAAUCUUCAGGAAUGACCAUCACCACCCAAACAGGUCCCCCAGGGGCUACAUCACAGGACACACUUACCUUGGACAUAUCGACCAAGGUCUCUGGGGCAGGGACACAUUCGACUGUGACUCAGAGUUUUACGCACUCAGAGAUGACCACUCUCAGGAGCAGAGGUCCCGAGGAUGUGUCUUGGCCAAGCCCUGCCUCUGUGACAGAAACUGGCUCUCCAUCUUCCCCAGGGAAUGUACCUCGACCAAGGUCUCUGGGGCAGGGACACAUUCGACUGUGACUCAGAGUUUUACGCACUCAGAGAUGACCACUCUCAGGAGCAGAGGUCCCGAGGAUGUGUCUUGGCCAAGCCCUGCCUCUGUGAUAGAAACUGGCUCUCCAUCUUCCACAGUGAUUGUACCUGACCUGACAGCACCCUCCCGUGAGCCAUCCACAUUACCAGGGAGGAGCCCCUCCUCUCCUACCCCUGUGACCUCACUUCUCACUCGUGGUCUGGGCAAGACCAAAGACACAUUGGCUACAAGUGUGGAACCUGUGUCCAGUUCACCUUCAAGUGAGAUGAGGACCACCAUUAAGAUACUGUCCACCUCUGGAGCCUCUACAGGUACAGAUGAAAUUCAGCCCUCCCAAAACACAGCUGGGACCCACCGGGCCAACACAAGUUCUGGACAUGAAGCACAUUCCUCUGCCCCAGCUGACUCAGAGCCAUCCAAUGUCACGUCCCCAAUGGUUAUUCCUUCCACCCCUAUGCACAACAGUGUUUCCACAUCAAUGCCUCACUCUUUAGAAACUACAAUGUUUGAGAUACACUCCACAUCCUCUCUGACUCCUGAACUGAGGAAGACCAGCACCGUCCAGCAGAAGAGCUCAGCCAUAGAGAAAAUCACUCUCCUUUCCAAAGUACCCACUGAUACGACUACUGAGAUCUCUAGGACAGAACCUAUCUCCUCUAGCAGCACAGGUCCCGAGGAUGUGUCUUGGCCAAGCCCUGCCUCUGUGACAGAAACUGGCUCUCCAUCUUCCCCAGUGAUUGUACCUGCCAUGACAACACCCUACCCUGAGCCAUCCACAUUACUAGGGAGGAGCCCGUCCUCUCCUACCCCUGUGACCUCACUUCUCACCCGUGGUCUGGGCAAGACCAAAGGCACAUUGGGUACAAGUGUGAAACCUGUGUCCAGUUCAACUUCAAGUGAGAUCAGCACCACCAUUGAGAUAGGGUCCACCUCUGAAGCCUCCACAGGUACUGAUGCAAUUCAGCCCUCCAAAAACACAGCUGGGACCCACGGGGCCAACACAAGUUCUGGACAUGAAACACAUUCCUCUGCCCCAGCUGACUCAGAGCCAUCCAAUGUCACGUCCCCAAUGGUUACUCCUUCCACCCCUAGGCACACCAGUGUUUCCACAUCAAUGCCUCACUCUUUAGAAACUACCAUGUUUGAGAUACACUCCACAUCCUCUCUGACCCCUGAACUGAGGAAGACCAGCACCGUUCAGCAGAAGAGCUCAGCCAUAGAGAAAAUCACUCUCCUUUCCAAAGUACCCACUGAUAUGACUACUGAGAUCUCUAGGACCGAACACAUCUCCGCUAGCAGCACAUCCAUCCCUGGCCCUGUUCAGUCCACGAUGUCGCCAGACAUACCUGCAGGCGUCAUCACCAGGCCCUCUGCCUCUCCUGUUACGACAGAAUCUGCAGAAGUGACCAUGACCACACAAACAGGUCCCAGUGAGGCUACAUCACAGGACCCACUUACCCUGGGCACUACAACCAACACAUCAGGGGCGGAGAUUCACUCGACUGUGACUCAGAGCUUUACGCACUCAGAGAUGACCACCCUCAGGAGCAGAGGUCCCGAGGAUGUGUCUUGGCCAAGCCCUGCCUCUGUGACAGAAACUGGCUCUCCAUCUUCCCCAGUGAUUGUACCUGCCAUGACAACACCCUACCCUGAGCCAUCCACAUUACUAGGGAGGAGCCCGUCCUCUCCUACCCCUGUGACCUCACUUCUCACCCGUGGUCUGGGCAAGACCAAAGGCACAUUGGGUACAAGUGUGAAACCUGUGUCCAGUUCAACUUCAAGUGAGAUCAGCACCACCAUUGAGAUAGGGUCCACCUCUGAAGCCUCCACAGGUACUGAUGCAAUUCAGCCCUCCAAAAACACAGCUGGGACCCACGGGGCCAACACAAGUUCUGGACAUGAAACACAUUCCUCUGCCCCAGCUGACUCAGAGCCAUCCAAUGUCACGUCCCCAAUGGUUACUCCUUCCACCCCUAGGCACACCAGUGUUUCCACAUCAAUGCCUCACUCUUUAGAAACUACCAUGUUUGAGAUACACUCCACAUCCUCUCUGACCCCUGAACUGAGGAAGACCAGCACCGUUCAGCAGAAGAGCUCAGCCAUAGAGAAAAUCACUCUCCUUUCCAAAGUACCCACUGAUAUGACUACUGAGAUCUCUAGGACCGAACACAUCUCCGCUAGCAGCACAUCCAUCCCUGGCCCUGUUCAGUCCACGAUGUCGCCAGACAUACCUGCAGGCGUCACCACCAGGCCCUCUGCCUCUCCUGCUACGACAGAAUCUGCAGAAGUGACCAUGACCACCCAAACAGGUCCCACUGAGGCUACAUCACAGGACCCACUUACCUUGGCAAGUACAACGAACACCUCCAGGGCAGAGAUUCACUCGACUGUGACUCAGAGUUUUACGCACUCAGAGAUGACCACUCUCAGGAGCAGAGGUCCCGAGGAUGGUGUGUCGUGGCCAAGCCCUGCCUCUGUGAUAGAAACUGGCUCUCCAUCUUCCACAGUGAUUGUACCUUCCAUGACAACACCCUCCCCUGAGCCAUCCACAUUACCAGAGAGGAGCCCAACCUCUCCUACCCCUGUGACCUCACUUCUCACCCAUGGUCUGGGGAAGACCAAAGACACAUUGGGUAGAAGUGUGGAACCUGUGUCCAGUUCACCUUCAAGUGAGAUCAGCACCACCACUGAGAUAGGGUCCACCUCUGAAGCCUACACAGGUACAGAUGCAAUUCAGCCCUCCAAAAACACAGCUGGGACCCACCGGGACAACACAAGUUCUGGACAUGAAGCACAUUCCUCUGCCCCAGCUGACUCAGAGCCAUCCAAAGUCACGUCUCCAAUGCUUACUCCUUCCACCCCUACGCACACCAGUGUUUCCACAUCAGUGCCUCACUCUUUAGAAACUACAAUGUUCGAGAAACACUCCACAUCCUCUCUGACUCCUGAACUGAGGAAGACCAGCAACGUCCAGCAGAACAGCUCAGCCAUAGAGAAAAUCACCGUCCUUUCCAAAGUACAAACUGAUACAACUACUGAGAUCUCUAGGAACGAACCGAUCUCCUCUAGCAGCACAUCCAUCCCUGGCCCUGUUCAGUCCACGAUGUCACCAGACAUACCUGCAGGCGUCAUCACCAGGCCCUCUGCCUCUCCUGUUACGACAGAAUCUGCAGAAGUGACCAUGACCACCCAAACAGGUCCCAGUGAGGCUACAUCACAGGACCCACUUACCCUGGGCACUGCAACCAACACCUCCGCGGCAGAGAUUCACUCGACUGUGACUCAGAGCUUUACCCACUCAGAGAUGACCACUCUCAGGAGCAGAGGUCCCGAGGAUGUGUCUUGGCCAAGCCCUGCCUCUGUGACAGAAACUGGCUCUCCAUCUUCCCCAGGGAAUGUACCUGCCAUGACAGCACCCUUCCCUAAGCCAUCCACAUUACCAGGGAGGAGCCCCUCCUCUCCUAACCCUGUGACCUCACUUCUCACCCGUGGUCUGGGCAAGACCAAAGAUACAUUGGGUAGAAGUGUGGAACCUGUGUCCAGUUCACCUUCAAGUGAGAUCAGCACCACCAUUGAGAUAGGGUCCACCUCUGAGGCCUCCACAGGUACAGAUGCAAUUCAGCCCUCCAAAAACACAGCUGGGACCCACCGGGCCAACACAAGUUCUGGACACGAAGCACAUUCCUCUGCCCCAGCUGACUCAGAGCCAUCCCAUGUCACAUCCCCAAUGGUUACUCCUUCCACCACUAGGGACACUCUUGUAUCCACAUCAAUGCCUCACUCUUUAGGAACUACAAUGUUUGAGAUACACUCCACAUCCUCUCUGACUCCUGAACUGAGGAAGACCAGGACCGUCCAGCAGAACAGCACAGCCACAGAGAAAAUAGCCGUCCUUUCCAAAGCACCCACUGAUACGACUACUGAGAUCUCUAGGACCGAACACAUCUCCGCUAGCAGCACAUCCAUCCCUGGCCCUGUUCAGUCCACGAUGUCGCCAGACAUACCUGCAGGCGUCAUCACCAGGCCCUCUGCCUCUCCUGUGACGACAGAAUCUGCUGAAGUGACCAUGACCACCCAAACAGGUCCCACUGAGGCUACAUCACAGCACCCACCCACCUUUGGCACUACAACUAACACCUCAGGGGCAGAGAUUCACUCGACUGUGACUCAGACACCCUCCCCUGAGCCAUUCACAUUACCAGGGAGGAGCCCCUCCUCUCCUACCCCUGUGACCUCACUUCUCACCCGUGGUCUGGGGAAGACCAAAGACACAUUGGGUACAACCUUGGGAGCAGUGACCACCUUACCUCCAGCUUUGAGUAGUCCCAUAGUUGAGAUAAUUUCCACCUCUGAAUUUUCCAUAGAUACAGAGAAAAUUCUUCCUUCCAUAUACACAAUAAUGAGUACUGGGGGUUCUAGCAGUUCUGGAGAUGAACUAAGUUCCUCUGUCCCAAUUUUUCCUGCGUCCUCUAGCACCACAUAUCCUAUGGGUACUGCUUCCUCCGUGUAUGAGACCACUCUUUCCACAUCAAUGCGUUCCUCCUUUGAGACGAAGACACUUUCCCAUCUGACUCCUAGACUGAAGGAGAAAAGAAUAGCCUUGGAUUCCAGCUCAAGCACACUCACAAACACACCAACAUCGCCUCUGUCCACUCAUGGUUUGAAGGGUCCCAAGACUGAUGUUAUGUCUUCUGUGAAAGUAUCAGCACCAGAUCAGCCUCUGUCUACACAGUAUACUGACAUUCCAAUGGAAACAGUCACACGCUUUUACACUUCUCCCUCCAUUACAGGGUCUGCUGGCGUAACUGUCCCAGAAUUCAAUCUUUCUGUGCCUGUAUCAGAAAAUACACGUUACCUAAGCACAGAUAUGCUGUCUUCAGCUGAGACCAUUUUUGCUAAUAACACACUAACACCUUCUUUGUCAGAGGCCAUGGCUUCCUUUGCUACAUCUGGAGUUCCAGGUGCCAUCUCAGUCAGUCCUUUUUCUAGGACAGAAUCAGGCCCUGGGGAUGCUACUAUGCCCACCACUGCAGAGAGUCUACCUUCUUCAGCUUCAAUACCAUUCCCCUCUUUGACCUUCCGUACCACUGAUUCUUCAACCACCCCAGUCUCCCAUUGGAUUACUUCCUCACCCGCUACCCCAAGAACAGUAGACACCAACCUUGAGGCAGAGAGCCGAAGCACUGCUGCAUUACCCUUGGUUACAGCCAGUACUUUGCAGACUUGGACCCAACCAGUUAGGACAUCUUUACCACCCAUUAUGGAUACCAGAAUGACAGAGAGUGUUGGUUUGGGAACAGUGACAAGUUCUUCUCAAGUUCUUCCACACUCAACCCAGUUGACAAGGACUGAUGGCAUUGUGGAGCGUAUCACAAAGAUAUCCAAUGAAGCAGCACAUGGAGACACCACCGUCCAUGUCCCCCUGGCAUCCACGUCUGCUAGUCUUAGAGGUAUGCUGUCUCUCCUUAGGACAUCAGAUAAAACAGCCAGCAUAAGCACAACAGGAAUGAUCAUCACAACCCCAGAUGUUCCAAAGAUGAGAGCCUCAUUUGUCACCAGACCUGGAGACAAGACCAGCACAGUAGUUCCCAUGACAACCCCAUCUAUUUUCAAUAGAGGACCAAAGACUACACCCUCACUGGUCCCUAGUUCUGGGGCAGAGACCAGUGCAGCUGUUCCAACUCUGACUGUUUCCUUUGGUGGGCCAGAGACCACAACCUCAUGGGUCACCCAUCCUGCAGAGACUAGCCCAAUUGUUUCCAGGGCAAUCCUGAAUGUUUCUCGUAGUGAAUCAGACAGCACACCCCCAACAGCUACAAGUUCUAGGGAAGAAGUCAGUUCAGCUGUUCCAACUCCGACUGUCUCCCCUAAUGUACUGGGGAUGGUGACCUCACUGGUUACCAGUUCUGGGGCAGAGACCAGUACAACUUUUCCAACUCUGACUGAUUCCAUGCACAAACCAGAGACAACAGCCUCAUGGGUCACCCAUACAGAAACAAGUUCAGCUAUUCCAACUAUGACUGCUUACCCUGGGAAGCCAAAUACAACAGUUUCACUGGUCACCCAUCCUGUAGACACCAAACCGACUGUUCCCAGGACAACCCCCAAUGUUUCCCAUAGUGAAUCAGACACCACAUUCUCAGUGGCCACCAGUCUUGGGACAGAAGUCAGUUCAGUUGUUCCAACUCGUACUGUCUCAGCUGGUGUACCAGAUAUCAUGACUUCACAGGUCACUAGCUCUGAGACAGACACCACUAUGGCUAUUGUACCUCUGACUCUUUCUCCUGGUGAACCAGCAACCACAGUCUUAAUGGUCACCCAUUCCAGUGCAGAGACAAGCACAAGUUUUCCUGCUUCAAAUAUUUUUCCUCAUUUACCAGAGAUCACAGCCGCACCAUCCAUCCCACCUGGGUUGGAGACUAAUACAGCUCUUCCAAAUCAGACUGUUUCUCUCAGUCCACCAGAAACAUCCUCUCUCUUCACCACAACUGUGACCAAGACAGCCAGAGUUAAUCUAACUCCAACAGCUUCAUUUGGUGUUCCUGCAGAAACAGCCUCACUCUCCACCCAUCCUGGGACAGACAUCAGCGCAACUAUCUCAACUUCAGCUCUUUCCCGUGGUUUACCAGAGACCACAGGCUUACUGGCCACCAGGCCUGCAACAGAGGCCAAUACAAGUACCCCAGCUCUGACUGUUUCCCCUGGCGUUCUUGGGCCUUUCAGGACCCCUACAACAAUUGUUAGGCUUUAUCCUGUACCUUCCUGGAGCACAGAAACCUCACCACCCACAAACUCAGUUGGACUCCCAGAAUUUCCCAAGACCGUGACAGGGGACACCAUGACCUUGAUAACAUCAGAGACUCCGACACCACCUAAAACCAGUCAUGAGGAAGGAUUAAGUACAACCACUGUCCUGAAAACCACCACUGUUGAGACCACUCAUUUAGCUGUCACAGGUUCAGGUCCCACUGUGGCCAAGACCACAAUCACCUUCAAUACACUGUCUGGAAGUCCUUUUGCCCCUGUGACCACACCUGGAACCUCUACCUUGGCCUCUGUGAGUGUGACUUCAGGAACAGGUUAUAACCAUCAAUACUGGAUCCCCACCACCAGCACUCCGGUGACCUCUACAUUCUCUCCAGGACCUCCAACAUCUCUGACCUCCACCCCCAGCUCUACAAUUGCAGGCAUGGGCCCAGCCCUGGUGCCGUGCACCCUUAAUUUCACCAUCACCAACCUGUUAUAUACCCCAGACAUGGGGCACAGAGGCUCUGUAAAGUUCAACUUCACUGAGAACACUCUGAAUCGCCUGCUUGGUCAUCUGUUCAAGAACACCAGUAUCGGCCCACUGUACUCUGGCUGCAGACUGACCCUGCUCAGGACUGAAAAGGAUGGGACAGCAACUGGAGUGGACGCCAUCUGCACCUACCAUCCUGACCCCAUGCAUCCCGGGCUGGACAGAGAAAAGUUGUACCAGGAGCUGAGUCAGCUGACUCAUGGAGUCACCCAGCUGGGCACCUACACCCUGGACAGUAAUAGGCUCUAUGUCAAUGGUUAUAAUGAACAUGGUCCAGAUGAGCCUCUUACAACUCCUGAACCAGCUACCACAUUCCUGCCUACUUCAUCAUCACCUGUACAACUAGAAUCCACCACAGCUAUGGGACACAACCUGAAGACCCUCACACUCAACUUCACCAUCUCCAACCUUCCAUAUUCAUCAGACAUGAGCAAUGGCUCAGCCAUGUUCAACUCCACCGAGACGGUCCUGCAGCGCCUGCUCGGAUCCUUGUUCCAGAAGACCAGUCUGGGCCCCUUCUACUUGGGUUGCAGACCAAUCUCCCUCAAACCUGAGAAGGAUGGUGCAGUCACCAGCGUGGAUGCCGUCUGCACCUACCACCCUGACUCCACAGGCCACAGGCUGGACAGAGAGCAGCUUUAUUGGGAGCUGAACCAGCUGAUCAGUGGUGCCACCCAGAUGGGCUUCUACACCCUGGUCAAGGACAGCCUCUUCGUCAAUGGCUAUGCACCCCAGAGUUUAUCUAUCCAGAGCGAGUACCAGCUAAAUUUCCACAUCAUCAACUGGAACCUCAGCAAUCCAGACCCCACGUCCUUAGAGUACAUUACCCUGCUGAAGGACAUCCAGGACAAGGUCACAAAACUGUACAGAGGCAGCCAGCUACAAGACAUAUUCCACUACUGCCUGGUCACCAACUUGAUGCUGGAUCCCAUGUUGGUCAGUAUCAAGGCAUUGUUCUCCUCCAAUCUGCACUCCAGCGUGGUGAAGCAAGUGUUUCUAGACAAGACCCUUAAUGCCUCAUCCCACUGGCUGGGUGCCACCUACCAGCUGACAGAUGUGCAUGUGACAGAAGUGGAGCCAUCAAUUCAUCUACCAACAGACCAACCAACAAUCAGUCCCAGCUUCCAGAACUUCCAGCUGAAUUUCACUGUCACCAACUUAAUCUAUUGCCAGGACAUAGCCCCAGGCACACCCAAACACCAGCAGAACAAGAGAAAUAUUGAGGAUGAGCUCAACCAGCUCUUCCAAAACAGCAGCAUCAAGAGUUAUUUUUCUGACUGUCAAGUUUCAGCAUUCAGGUCUGAGCCCCCCAGCAACCACACUGGGGUAGACGCUCAGUGUAACGUCUCACCAUUGGCUCAGGGACUGGACAGAGUUGCCAUCUAUGAGGAAUUCCUGCGGCUGACCAAGAAUGGUACCCAGCUGCAGAAUUUUAUCCUGGACAGGAAUAGUGUCCUUGUGGAUGGGUAUUCUCCCAAUAGAAACGAUGUCUUGACUGAGAAUUCGGACCUCCCCUUCUGGGCCAUCAUCCUCAUCUGCCUGGCAGGACUCCUGGUGCUCAUCAUGUGCCUGAUCUGCUGUUUCCUGGUCACUGUCUCCAGGCGGAAGAAGGAGUUAGACUGCGAGGCUCAGCAACAAUGCCUGGGCUAUUAACCUGCCACACUGGACCUGAGGAAGCUGCAGUGACAUCUGCUUGAGUCCCCUUUUCCCAGUCAGGUUCCAAAGGAGCUUGGCCGGAACAGAAAUAAACCACACUGCUCAGACA